UUCGCUUGUAGCUUUGCCUUUUAUCAAACCCGGAUGGGCACAUCAGACGUGGUUGUUGGUAUCGAGAACUACCAGAACUUCCUUUUUGUUGCGCACGGCAAAGUCGUGACCAGCCCUAUGUUCAGUAAAGAACUGCACAGGUACACCCAAAGCCAUAUGGGUGCCGGUCUCGGGCUUCAAGCCUAUCGCCAUGUCGCCACCUUCUUCAUGCGCCACCACCUCCAACAAGGAACUCAUCUGUUGUAAACAACAGAAGAGUUGCUUGCCCAUCCUGACAUUGACACGGUCGAAGGUGACAACAACGACGACGAUAUAACAACAUACGAGCAGCAGCAACAAGGUGGGCGCCGACAA